AUGGAAAGUCGCCACCUUUACAGAAUUCGAAAAAUUCGAGAUACAUAAUUAAAAAGGAUAGUCUUUUUUUUUGUCAAUAUAUUAAUGCCCAAUUCUUUUAUACCUUAGCUGUCAAGCUUGCGGUGGUGUUUCUCAUUUCUGCAAUUGAGUCUCCACAAAGCUUGUGUUUUCAGUAAAAUGGCUCUAAUUGAUUUCUAAAAGCAUUUACUAUGGAUCUGGACUGUGGGAUUCGUGAAAACUCUGCUACGAGACUACCAUGGAAGACGGUUCUGACUCUGGCAUAUCAGAGCCUUGGAGUUGUCUAUGGAGAUUUAAGCAUUUCACCACUGUACGUUUACAGAAGCACAUUUGCUGAACCUAUCGCCCUCACAGAGAAUAACGAAGAGAUUUAUGGUGUUUUCUCUUUGGUUUUCUGGGCUCUUACACUGAUUCCUUUAAUCAAAUACGUGUUUAUUGUGCUCAAAGCUGACGAUAAUGGAGAAGGAGGCACAUUUGCUCUAUACUCUUUGCUGUGUCGCCAUGCCCGAGUCAGCUCGCUGCACAAUCGACAAUUGGCAGACGAAGAGCUCUCAGGGUACAAGAAGGGAUAUUGUAAUGUAACACCAGAAAGGUGCUUUGCCUCGAGGAUGAAGAUGGCUUUGGAGAAGCAUAAGGUUUUGCAGAAGAUUUUGCUGGUUCUGGCUUUGAUUGGGACUAGCAUGGUGAUUGGUGAUGGGGUCGUCACGCCAUCUCUUUCUGUGCUGUCUGCUGUGUCUGGUGUUGAGCUUUCAAUGUCCAAGGAGCAUCACCGAUAUGUAGAAGUCCCCGCUGCAUGCGUCAUACUGAUAUGCUUGUUUGCUCUUCAACAUUAUGGCACUCACAGGGUUGGCUUCUUGUUCGCUCCAAUAAUUUUCACAUGGCUUUUCUCCAUCGGUGCUAUUGGUGUUUAUAAUAUAUUUUACUGGAAUCCUCAAGUGUAUGUAGCGCUCUCUCCAUAUUAUGUUUGCCGAUUUUUGAGGAAAACUCGAGGAGCAAAAUGGGUGUCCCUUGGUGGAAUUUUGUUGUGCAUAACAGGAUCUGAAGCUAUGUUUGCUGAUCUCGGCCACUUUUCACAAUUAUCAAUCAAGCUGGCAUUCACCUCUGUGGUUUAUCCAUCUAUAGUUCUUGCAUAUAUGGGGCAUGCUGCUUAUCUAUCUAAACAUCACAACAUCAUCCACAGCUAUCACUUUGGGUUUUACGCAUCUGUGCCAGAUAAACUGAGAUGGCCUGUUCUGGUAAUAGCCAUACUUGCUGCAGUUGUGGGAAGCCAAGCUAUCAUCACUGCAACUUUCUCAAUUAUCAAGCAAUGCGUGGCAUUAAGCUGCUUCCCGAGAGUUAAAGUGGUACACACGUCAUCCACAAUUCACGGCCAAAUAUAUAUCCCCGAGAUCAACUGGCUAUUGAUGUUAUUGUGCUUGGCUGUAACUAUCGGAUUCAGGAACACCAAGCACUUGGGCAAUGCAGCAGGUUUGGCAGUUAUAACAGUUAUGCUGGUCACCACUAUUUUGAUGUCACUGGUUAUAGCAGUGUGCUGGAAGCAGAGAUUUAUACUUGCUUUUGGUUUUGUUGCUAUAUUUGGCACCAUUGAGGCUGUCUUCUUCUCAGCUUCUCUUGUCAAGUUCCUUGAAGGAGCAUGGGUUUCAAUUGCUCUGGCCUUUGUAUUUCUCACUGUCAUGUAUAUCUGGCACUAUGGCACCCUCAAGAAGUAUGAAUUUGAUGUCCAAAACAAAGUCUCCAUCAACUGGCUCCUCAGCCUAAGUCCCAGCAUAGGCAUUGUCCGGGUUCCUGGGAUCAGUCUAAUUCAGACCGAUCUUGUUUCUGGAAUCCCUGCUAUCUUCUCCCACUUUGUGACCAACCUUCCAGCAUUCCACCGAGUCCUAGUCUUCCUCUGCAUCAAACAUGUGCCAGUUCCUCAUGUCUCCCCCAAGGAACGCUUCCUAGUAGGCCGAAUAGGGCCAAGACAGUUCAGACUCUACCGAUGCAUAGUGCGCUAUGGCUACCGCAAUGUCCACAAAGAUGACUUGGAGUUCGAGAAUGAUCUCGUGUGCAGCAUAGCAGAGUUCAUCCGCACAGGAAACAGUAGUCCUGAGUUCAACACUGCUUCUCCAAGCCAAGAGCCUGAACAAACUCAGAAAAUGACAGUUGUAGGGACAUGCUCCACACAUACCAUAACAAUGAGCGAGGGCACUAAUAAUCAAAAUCACACGGACUUAGCUGAGACUUCGGAGAUCCAACCCAGGAAGAGGGUGAGAUUUGUAGUACCAGAGAGUCCGGGGAUUGAUGAUGAAGCUAGAGAAGAACUAGAUGAGCUCAUGGAAGCGAGAGAAGCUGGAGUGGUUUACAUUACGGGGCAAUAUUAUAUGAGAGCUAAGGGAGGGUCUAGUUUGCUGAAGAAGUUAGUGAUCAAUGUUGGGUAUGAAUUCUUGAGGAAGAACACUAGGGCAGCUCCUUAUGUCCCUGACAUGCCUCAUGCAUCAUCUUUGGAAGUUGGAAUGGUAUACCAAGUUUGAAAUCUGGGUUUCACAAACCCAAAUAGUAUGUUGUAUAGGUUAUAAGAUAUAAAUUCGUGAUUACACCCA